GGAAUGACGGGCGGCAUAAUACUGGGCGGUAUUCGCAUUCAGCAACAGGCCAAAACGGAGGCAAGUAGGUUUCCCGAUGCUUUUUUCAGACAGUCUCUUCCAGAAACUUAUGUGCUGAAAACUCUGGAUAGGUAUGCCAGCUUAGGAGAACUUCACAGGGCCUCACUUCUCGGGGAUCCUAUUUUGGGUGAAUUGAUUGACAAGCUGAUCGAAAGUUCUCGAAAUUGGUCUCGCAUCAUCGAUAAGAUGGCCCGCCGUAUCCGCUGCACACAGAACACGGUCCCAAUCAGUCCCCAUAUGGUGAGCAAGUCCUUAAUCACUUAA